CAACUACAACAGGUCCUCGAAUUAUUGAAAUUAACUACACAACAACAACAGCAAAAACCUGUUAAAACAUCCACUUAAAGCAUAAUCAUAUGUAGACAAAGUACUGCAAACAACACCCCACCAAAAAGGAAAAUGAAGUCUCCUCUCUCUUCUUCUUCUUCUUCUUCCUCCUCCUCUGUCCUUAUCAGAAAAGCUCGUCUCUCUCCUUAUCUCUUCACUCUUCUAGCCUUCAUUUUCUUCGUUGCUAUUCUCUAUGGAGAAGACUUCAUGUGCCUUCUCGGCCGACUCGACCCCAAAUCCGGCACACUCUUAACGAGAACCGAGAAGAAGUGGGAGAAGCUACCUUUUGCCAUUGGGAAAACCCCAGAAGGGUGUGAUGUGUUCAGUGGGAGGUGGGUGAAGGACGAGUCAUCAACUCAUCCACUUUACGAGGAAUCGGAGUGUCCUUACAUUCAGCCGCAGUUGACUUGCCAAGAACAUGGGAGGCCUGAUAAGGAGUAUCAAAAAUGGAGAUGGCAACCCCAUGGCUGUAAUCUUCCAAGUUUCAAUGCCACAUUGAUGCUUGAAACUCUACGAGGAAAGAGAAUGAUGUUUGUUGGCGAUUCUUUGAACCGUGGCCAGUAUGUUUCUAUGGUCUGUCUUCUCCAUAGACUCAUCCCUGAAGAUGCCAAAUCCAUGGAAACUUUCGAUUCACUUACAGUCUUCACGGCCAAGGCGUACAAUGCCACAAUUGAGUUCUACUGGGCACCAUUUCUUCUUGAAUCAAAUUCAGAUAAUGCUGUAAUCCAUAGGAUAUCUGAUAGGAUUGUAAGGAAAGGUUCAAUCAACAAACAUGGCAGACAUUGGAAAGGAGUUGAUAUUUUAGUCUUCAAUACUUAUCUAUGGUGGAUGACUGGCCAAAAUAUGAAAAUCUUGCAAGGUUCUUUCAAAGAUGAAGUGAAAGAUAUUGUAGAGUUAUCCACCGAGAACGCAUACCGGAUGGCGAUGAGAAGCAUGUUGAGAUGGGUGAGAAAGAAUAUGAACCCUAGGAAAACUAGGGUCUUCUUCACCAGCAUGUCACCUUCUCAUGGACAGAGCAUAGAUUGGGGAGGCCAACCGGGUCUCAACUGUUACAAUGAAACAACUUUGAUUGAUGAUGCAACUUACUGGAGUUCUGAUUGCCAGAAAAGCAUAAUGGAAGUGAUCAGAGAAGAGUUCGGGAAAUCAAAAUUCCCCAUAUCAUUUCUGAACAUUACUCAACUAUCAAGUUAUAGAAAAGAUGCGCACACUUCUAUCUACAAAAAGCAAUGGAAUCCAUUGACUCCUGAGCAGAUAGCUAACCCUGUUAGCUAUGCAGAUUGUGCGCAUUGGUGUUUACCUGGCCUUCAAGAUACUUGGAAUGAGCUUCUAUUUGCUAAGCUGUUUUAUCCUCAGUAAAUAUAUAUCAUACUCACAAGUCACAAGUGGUGAAUAUUAAGGCUCAUUUCUUUGAAAUGUGGGGCUUGUUGGUAUUGAUUGAGGAGAGGUUUGAAUUUGUUGGAGUCAUGUCGUUGUGGUACUUGGAAGAAAGUGGAGGACAGCAAGAGAAAAAGAAUGAGGAAUAAUGUGGGGAAAAAAAGGAAGAUGAAAAUAAUUUCUCUAUUGUACCAUGAAAAGAAAAGGAGGAGAUAUUUAUGUACAAUAAUUGGAUUUUUUUUUUUAAGGAAAUAAUAGCAUUUAUUAUUACUGUUGAA